AUGGCCAAAGCAAUCGGUGUGGAGCUUGAAUGGAGCAUGAAAACAAACAUGGAAUUAAUCCAUGACUCUGUGUCGGAGCAAUGCUUUACCGAUUAUCUGAUACUUGGACCCUUGGAGGCAAUCAUACGAGUGGAAUCAACUUGCAUAUUGCAGAUCUUUUCGUCAUUCGAACAAUAA